AUGGUCAACAAAACUCCCAAUCUCGGAGAAAAAGUAACGUAUCUCCACCCUUCUCCUAAUGACUCUUCUCCUGAUGACGAAGCCCCAGAAGCACAGAAACAAAGAAGACUUGAGGCCGCUGCUCUUCAGCUACGACUUGUUAGGCGCGAACGCCUACGACCGUUACUCGAGAUCUACAACGAAGAAAAUGGCCCUGCCAAUGAGACGACAGUCUCAAGGGGGGAUUCUAGCACACCCCAGCCUUCGCCAACCAAGCUAGAUGCCUUCGCGGUCUUGCAGAAGCACGCUGACACAGAUCCCACGCUGAAGGCAUUAGGGACCCAUGUCAAUGGUGUCCCUGAUUGGGUGGACUGGAGCCAGAUUGCCCGAGGACAUGAUGUCUUCUACCGCUACGCCGUGGUGAACUUAUUCGGGCUCGCGUAUCAGAGCCUCUUCGUACGCCUCGCCGCCUCUCGGCCCGUCGAGGUGCUUCUGCGUACUGGUGGCUUCUCAACAGCCGCAUCGAAGCGCAGGGGCUUCGAGACGGGUCAGUGGAACCUGGAGGUGACCAAGGACGUAGCAUCUCUCCAACCAGGUGGCCCGGGGUGGGAGUCUACUGUCCGUGUUCGUCUGCUCCACUCAGCGGUCCGCAGUCGGAUCAGGGUAACGUAA